AUGAGCAACACUAUCAUUGAGAACGCGUUCACUUUGAACUUGUCUCUUCGCCUGCGUGGUGGUGGCAAGGUCCACGGAUCGCUGGCACGUGCCGGUAAGGUGAAGGGUCAGACGCCCAAGGUUCCCAAGCAGGAGGACUCGAAGAAGGCGCUGACGGGUCGCGCCAAGAAGCGCUGGCAGUACAACCGCCGCUUUGUGAACGUUGUGGCGGGCAUGGGUGGCAAGAAAUUGGGCCCGAACUCGAACGCCUCUAAGGCGUAA